UAGUCGCCAGCCAAUAGCACCCCAGAAAACUUGCUAGGAGAUCAUAAUGCUGUAGUAUCAGGUUGCCGAUUUGAGCUUUACGGGCCUAGCGAGAGAGAUCGCCCGUUCAGUCAAGCCACAGUCACGGAUUGGAACGGCGUUCGCCUCGCUCGGUGUAAGACGAAGGAAGGCUUCGCCAGACUCACGGAGUUAACCGACGUUCGAUAUCAACACACCAGCAACGUUGAGACAGCAUCAGUGUUGUGAGCGACUACUGCAGCGAUGAAUGUGUGGAGAAAGAUCUUGAUUCUGUUUCUCCAUGGAAGUUUACUCUACGUUGUAUGCAGAGCAUCGUUCCGAUGCCAGUGCAACACAGAAGAAUGUCGAAUGGAAGGGGAGACAUCUUGCUUCGCGAAAAACUUCUGUUACGUUGAAUAUCUCCAUGAUGUUCUGACCAGAGGGUGCAUCGACAGCCCAACCCCGCUCAACUGUGGGAAUCGGAAGCCCACAAAUCUUCCCAACACCCCCUGGCCCGUGAUGUACUGCUGUAAAGGUGAAGAUUGCAACAGGAACGUCCUGCCAACGUUGCCAUCCGAUACAGAGGAAAAAGAGGUUAUCACGCAGAAAACGGAACCGGAAAUAGAUGAAGCGCCCUCUAGAUGCAGUAACCCGGAUUCUGAUCCAUUAUUCCGGACUAACGCAGACGGGGCCAAAAUCAUCAACCCCAUCUACAUCGCCGUCCCUGUUGCCGGCGUUUGUGUGCUCCUGGCUCUCAUUAUAUUCGCGAUGUACUUGUUAAGGAGGAGGAAUGACUAUUAUGAGGGUUAUCAUUAUCAUGAACAUGUCCCUGCGCUACACCAGAAACAGUGCGACCCUCGGAAGGCCGCGCCCACCACGUGCAGUAGUUGUGGCAAAGUUAACCGAUGUACGGACAGCGAACGUUCUUCCUCAGGAAGUGAAACGAAAUUGUUUUUGCAGGUUUGAAAGAGAUGUGUGUUGUCAUCAGUGUGGAUCCAUUGCUACGAGUAAUUUAUUGUGAAAUAUUGAACUGCAGGACAGUUGAGGACGGAUGAGUGUGGACGCGUGUGAAUGGACGAGAUCUCUCGAGAGCAUGAACGAUACUUCUGAAUGAUUCGUGUGUAUUUGGAGCGUAUUGAGACGCGGGGUGUUUGUCACCUGUGAAGAAACACAAAGGAGAGACAAUCAGCGCUCAGGACAAAGUGGAUCAAGCCAACCGAUACACAAAUUAUGAUAAUUAUGAUUAUGAAUAUUAGCUUUAAAAUACAGGUCGACGUUUCAAGUAAAGUGUUCUUUAAAAUUCCAUCACUUUUGUUGGAAACACGAAUCAGACCGUAUUGGAUCGUAAGAAACAAAUUUGAUCAAAUGACUUGAAGAAACUGAAACUGAAUUUAUUGCCACAAUUCUGAAAACAGUGAAUGAAGUGCCAUAAUUUUGUAUAGUAACUACUAGGUGCUCUGAAUGUUUUAUUGUCAUCUGUUGACGAAAAUGCCAUACAGUCUAAGUAAACGAAAUCUUUCACAUUUGAAACAAAAGAUGAUAUGAUGAACAUUUCAGCACCGGCGUUCCACGUAUUCAAGUGAUUUGAAAGAGUGUGUACAAGUUUUGUAUCGAACUAAUUACUCAAUGUACAUUACAUGAAAGUCUCCAUUGUGUAUAUUUCGCCAUUUUCUGUCAUGAGGGCAAUGUUUAUUCCCUCCCGAAACUGAAGAUUACACUGCCAGAAAUCAUUCCAAUGUCGUAAUGAUUUCCUUCACAUCGUCUCGGAUUCUACCUGUGUAACUGUUUUUGUAAGAGAGCUAAAACUCCAAGGAAGUGUAUGAAACACCGGAACCGGAAACACGGUGUGAUCCUUACCGGAACCGGAAGUAAGUUUCACAUUAUGUUUAUGGUUAUGGUUGAUUUCCCCAUUGAUCGAUACCAUACCAAUUUUCGAAAAUAUUUUGAAAGGAAUGAUGUGAAGGAAAUCCGAAAACUUAUCACAACAAUUUUAGCUCAAAGUAUUAGUUUGCCUAAAGGCAUGCGUUUGCUCAAACAGAACAUUGUGGGAAACCUGAAGUUAAAGUUGGAAUUCGUGAGCUAUUAAUUCAACGAUGCAUUUGUUGAAUUAAGCUUUGUCUAUUGUUGGCAUGGAUACUGUCUUUUGAAUGUAGUUUUACGGCGCAUGAAAGCGUCUAUACCUCCUUGCCGAUCGUUGUAUGCCUAUAUUUCACCUCUUUAUAGCAUAGCUUUUUGUGAUUAAAAUGGUCAUAUCGAACAUAUCAUUGACAGAAAGUACAUCAUCAUGUUCCCCAUCACUGACAGUGCUACAACCUUGUAAAUAGUUUCACGGAUGUUGUAUAUAUCAUCUGUUUGUCAAUCGUCAUUUUGAUACAAUAUGCGAGUGUUUUGAGAACUGAUCUAAAAUGUUAUGGCAAGCACGUUGGACCAUAUUUUGGGAGAACAUAAUAUUAUGCAGGCAAGUGUAGAAUGCGUAUUGUAUUUAAAACAGAACUAGUAAUUAACAGAGUCCGACAGUGAAAGCACUAAUUUAUAAUCUUCCUGACAAGGUGAAAGAAAUGUGUUAAUGAUUCCAGGGUAGAGGUCCCAUUGUUCCUCUUUUGGGGACUUUAUGAAGGUGAAGGUCGUCUUGUCUGCCCGAUGUAUUUAGUCUUCAUCUUUACACUAACCUCUCCUUGGCAUUUUGUUCUCGAUACAAGAAAUAUCAAAACAAUUUUGUUGGAAAUGUCGAAACGAUUUGACAAAUUGCCCUCGUUAAUAAUAUUUGGUCUCCGAAAACUUACCCACUGGCGACAGACGAAUGAUUGUCUGAUGUUGUUGAAAGGUUAUAGUUAUAAAAAUACGUGAGCGUAAUUGGAAAUGUUGUAUCGUUUAGACAGUCGCAUAUAUUUCAUAACAUCUAUGCAAUCAUAAGCUGUCUUUAUCUACAGUGCCAGGGUGAAGGUGAUCUGUGAUGUUUCGGAAAGGCUUUGUGUUUUAGACCCUUUUUCAUACCUGUUUACAUAUUCGAAAGCAUGAACGGACUCGAAGACGUCCUUUUAGUGAUCAGGCAUUAUUCAUGGAAAUAGUUUAAUUCAAUACAGCAGUUUAGAUAUGAUUUAUUUCCGAGAUGUUUGCUUGAAACGACUGAAUGUUUGCCUUACUAGCGCAGAUACAGUUUUACAGGAUCGACCAUCAUUAGAAAAAUUGUUUUUUCGUCAAAAUUGACUACUUGUUCUAGAAGCACCGUUUAUUUGUUUUUAAGUUCCAUCGCGCUUGCUUCAUCAACAUUUUAUAUGUUGUAUAAACAUGGAGCGUCAGAGCCGGAAUAACCAGUCAGACUACGUCGAAAUAGAUUCCAUUUGGCGUAGAAAAAAUACAGUGGUGUAUGUUACAAAUUUAAUGUCUCGUAAUAUAUAUGAAUAGAUUUACUGCCUCAACAGUACUGGUACAAGACGUGAUUCAAUGAGUCGUGUGCCAACGCCUCUCUUUCAUGGUUUGAAUUGCCUGUUAAAAAUAAACUAUUUAUGAAACAUUGUACGUUAUUUAAUGCUAAGUAAUAUCAACUUAUCACUUUCAGAUUUAAAGGAUAAAUACGUUAUUAAUGGUCCUGCUUGCUUCAGAGAAUGAAGUCUUUCCAGACAUUUAGAAUUUGAUGUAAUCACGAUCAGGGGUAUUAUGGAUAACGACUUUAUUAUCCUUACACAACGUAUGAGGACUGCUUCUUUCACCUUUCCGGGGCUGAAGGCGCAUCUUGUUGCCCUGCGAUUUUGUGUAUAUAUAAUAAAGUAGUUAUUAUUUGUUAUGCUACUUUUCAUGAUUUGUCAGUUCAUCUGUUUCUUAUUCGGAUUUGGACGAAAUGAUCUGAAAUCAUUUUCGGGUACCCUGUGAUGUCCGUCAUUAAGCUGUGGCGCCCCCUGGUGUACAUAUUCCAUAAUGUUGUAAAUCUCGCAUUUUCUCACGUGUCAACGUGAAAUUGACAUCGCCUAGUGCUACGUGACACACGUGUCUAUUUCAGCACUCAAUUUCAAUGCAACUUGAAGUUGAUGCUCACAUUUUAAAUAUUGUUGUAUGUAUAAUGUCAUCCUGAAAUAAACAUAAAAUUUGUGUA